AUGCAAUAUACUUUGCUUGGCAUAGCGAUUGCCUCUCUUUGGCAGACUGGCUACGCAGCUCAGGAUUCCAAUGGGAACUACAUUCUUAAGCCAAUCACGUUGGACAAAAAGUCCGUUUAUACACCAGAAAAAAUGACUAUUCUGAAGCCAAUUUUACCCGGAACAAAUGGACUUCAGAAAAGACAGGGUUCUCAAAUCGGUCUUGUAAACGAUACUAGUUUGAUUUGGGGUGGAGGGGUUGAGGGUAUGUUCUCUUUAUAGCCUCAAGGUUUUUAAAUAUCUGCUGAUGAGCAAACUUUAGAUUCGGAUGUUAUGGUCAACAUGACCCUCGCCACUGGCGAUCAAGAGUUGAUUCUCUCCAUGGAGCACUUCGCAGAUGACCUAGUAUCUGUCGUGUGCGACGACGAUCUAUCAUUGACUUUCAAGAAUGCUGAGCAUUAUGAAGAGGCUAAGGACGAUUGGGAGUGGGUAAACUUUGACGCUCACCGCACAUUUCUCAUGCUGGUCAACUGGGGCAAUUGCAGUAGCGAGGCCGGACGGCAACCCUGGGUUGUAACGCAAACCGAAUAUGAUCCCGCAAACUUCAAAGUGAAAUUCAUAGCAGACCAGAAGGACUGGGUAAGAAAAACAUGCCUUGCGAAUUUAUGAAGUUCUUACAGCUGACCAUUAUCCUAGAGCGAACUAGAAAAUCAAUUUACUCUCGAGUGGGGCGCAUAUAAAGCUAAUUCGAAUGCUUCUGAUAGCACUCCUAUGAGUAGCCGUGCAUUGAAAGAAGAUCUUGACAAGUUUGGCAAAAACCUGGAGCACCAAUUGACGAAACCAGAGAUAAACCCCAUAUUUGCCGUUCCUUUCCAUUUCAACCUGCCUUCUACUUUUGCUUCUCAACAAGUGGUGGAGGGAGUCGAUAUCACUCUCGGUUGCGAAAAUUGUUACAUUGGUGGAAAACUACUCAUUGGUGGAAAACUUGCUGGGAGUCUUACUGGUAAAAUUGGAAUCACUGAGUCGUUUAUUCAAGUCAGCCCCCAGGGAAUGGUAGUUGAGUUCAACCCAUCUCUCUCCGUUUCUAGCACACUAGCCGAACCACAACAACAAUCUUGGGAACUUUUCACCAGUGCGCCUCCGGGAGCUAUGAUUCCCAAGAUCUUCAAUAUCGGCCCUAGGACCGUUAUUCGUGCUGGUUUUGAGGUUUCUAGUAUUGAGGGCGGUGCUACCAUCAGCACUGGUAUGUCGGCCACAUUUAGUGACCACGCAUUGGCCAAGAUGGACUUCCAUGGAAAUGAUAGCAGGUCCCAAGGAUGGCAACCAACGAUCGACUUCAAGAAACACAACGUAUCUGCUCAGAUUCGAGGAAAUGUGGAGAUAUUUCAUGAAAUCGGCUUCGAGUUUGGUUUGAAUAUUAUGGGAAAAUAUGAUCUGGGGUUCGGUAUGGAGUUACGAGUCCCAAAGCUCACCACGACCCUUGGUGCGGAGUUCAAGUCUCGAGGAUACGUCUGCGACAAACAACCAGAGAUGUUCGGAGUGAAACUCAAUUCUACCCUCGGUACCUCUAUAAAUGUUGCAGGGUGGACCGGCGAUCGUGACAAUCCGAUCUUUUCAAAGCCCAUAAUCGACAAGCCUCUCUUGAAGCUUGCGGACAAGUGUAUGGUUUUCAAACAGGGGCCAAAGGUACCAAUACCCUUGAAGGACUACACUUCUGGCGCAGAAUUAAACAGCACCAUUUCCACUGCAAGGCCUACAUUAGGGGCGACUCAGACAACUGUCCAAUCCGACUUUGUGGCAACUACUUCCACUACAAGAUCUCCCUCAGUUGCAACCCAAACUAUUGCACAAUCUGGCUUUCCUGCAAGUACCGGCAGUACCGCUCUUCCCACAACUUUCAACCCAAGAAACAGACGGCAUCUAUUGAAACAGAGCAGGAUUCCCUCAAUAUGA